AGAAAUAAAAAGCUUGGAAUGUGUGAGGCCAAGUCACCAUUAGGUCCCGUAAGUCUGGCGGUGACUGAGCAGCACACUACGUGGGCAGUAGAUCGGUAUCUACCACCGUGUUUUUUAUUAGAAUUGCAAACUCCCAUUGGUUCUCCUGUAAUGACCUUUAGAGAGUGCCCACCCUCCGUAGAUACGGUGAUAUUGUUAGCCGGUUGUUUUAGGAACCUGACGUUUACUUUGUCAGUAAACUGGUUUUCGGUCAUAAUAGCCAUGGUGAAAAUACUGCCAAAAGUCUGUUGUUGUUUAACCGAUGUCGUCUUUACCGACUGCUACUUGUCAAUAACGCGAAUGCUGGAAUAACUACUGAUUUUGCGUUGUAGCACCCUUACAAUCUUCACUAUUGUGGGGCUUCGAUUCUACUAAAUGUCUUCUUGUCCCCACCUUCUCUCACCUGACUGGCUUACUUCUGAGCGGCCUUCCCUUUUUGGUCGGUCUGUCGCUGUAGGUUUCUUUUAGGGGAUUUCAUUCCGAUUAGCAGACAAGGGAACCGUGGCAACCUCGGUCAACUCUUUCCUCACCCAUCACUACUAAUGCCGUUUGGGCACCUUUAUAUGACAAACUACUGAUAACAAACACACCGCAAGUAUUUAUUACAUAAAGUCACCUACAUACGCACCUAAUGGGUCAGGAUUUAAACCGCUCGUCAUUUUCGGCGUAGGCCUCUUUGUAAGCGGCCAAUUGACUCCGAAGGUGAAUAUGGCUUCGACUUGGGACUUAGGAGACUUGUUUGUUGUUUCCCCUGCUGAAUUUGCUUCGGGCGCCUUUCUAUGGCUCACUGAAAUCUACUUUUUGCCGAGGUCCAGUUUGUAAAAGCUUAGAUAUAUGUUACAUUCGAUAAAUACUGUCGUGGCGUUGCUAGCUACCACUAUUUGAGUGGGAAUUUUCCGUCGAAUAUUUCCCGGAAUAUCUUUCUGCCGGGCGUUUUUGCAUGCCUAUCGGUCUCAACUCCCGUUCUAUUGGUCCAUUCUAUGCACACCCCGCUCGUUGUAAAAUAUUUUUUCUUAGAGUGCGGCGGGCAACUUUGUGUGCCUUUAGCUCACCUGUCCUCUUUUGAGAUAUAAGAAGGGCUCACUGGAACAGAUUUAUUUGUUGACCCACCGUUGUGAAAACGUUAAAUGCAUUUUAUCGAAGUGGAGCGCCGUUCUUUUCGACACGUUUUCUCUUCUUUCGGUGUCUCGGUCUUCUGGAGGAUGUUUGGCGGGAUUUUGAGCUGCGCGCUUUAUGAGUCAUCGCCCCGAUGGGAGUGGUUGUGCCUCUGCAGGCCUUGUUCGGUCUGGCGGCUCUUUGCCAAUCUUUGGCCUAGGCUAUUUCCCUUUAGAGGAAUCCCAGUCAAAAAAUUUAAAUUGGCGACAGAACAUCUGACAUCUUUAUUUUUGCCAAAUCUCUGAUUCUUCUUGUCCCCGAGGCAUCACCUGUCUUAAAGCCACCCGAACAUUUUAGCCGAUGAACUUCAGUCGAAGGAUGGUCUUCAAGCAGUGGUGGUCAAAUACCUCCAGUUUUUGCUCGUCCUCUACGCGCAAAGCCCAGCAUUCACAACCAUAGAGAAGGACAGACCGGACAGAUGUACGCUACACGCGAAUUUUAGUGGCGAUGGAGAGGUCGCGUCGGAUCCAUAGGCAUUUCCGAAGGCUUGAGAAAACCCAGCGGGCAGCAUCGAUUCGGAAGACAAUGUCUUCCUUACUCUGUCCAUUAGACAGCGGCCUCGUCCCGAUGUAUUUAAAACUGUCUACCUCUUCAAGUUGACAGCCAUCAAUCCCGAGGGGUGCCCUCUCCUGGUCAGGGAUGCAGCUUGAAAACACUUUGGUCUUCCCAGCGUUUAUGGAUAAGCGGACCGAUUUAGCGACCUCGUUCACCCGUGACACCAUAGACGGCAGAUCACCAAAACUUGAAGCAAGUAAGGCGGCAUCAUCGGCAUAGUCGAGAUCAGUCAGUCGGUGUCCGGGUGCAAAUUCAACACCAUCAUCGUGUAGGGCCCUCCCGAGAAUCCAGUCAACAGCGUAGUUGAACGGAAUGGGCGAUAGGAUAUAACCCUGUCGAACUCCAGACCGAAUACCGAACGGUUGGGUAAGAUUGUUACGGACCAGGAUUCUCACAGUUGUGGAGCGAUAAGAGUCCAUGAUCAUGGCGAUGAUAUUUGCCAGUAUACCAUCCAGUGCCACUAUCCGUCACAGGGACGGAAUCGAACGCGGCGAAGUCAAUGAAGCAGACGGCCGUCGGUUGUUGGUAGUUAUGGCCAAAUUCUAGAAUGCACCUCAGGAUGAAUAUCCGGUCUGCGCAUCCACGUCCAGCACGAAAUCCGGCUGGGUUGGGCCUCGUCUUUGAGUCACAAACAGCCUGGAAUCGCCUGAGUAGGACAAUAGCAAAAAUCUUCGCAGUAACUUCGGUGAGGCUUAUGUCGCGGUAGUUCUCGCAUCUCUUCCUAUCUCCCUUCUUGAGGAUAAGUACAAGAAUGCAUAAGCCCCAGCCAUCAGGAACAACCUCGUCUCUCCACGCUCGUUCAGGGCGUCAGUGUGUCGACACAAGACUUGAAGAUUUCAGCGGGUAUACCGUUCUCUUCGGGUGCCUUAUUGUUGCAUAACUUUCUAUUAAGUGUGUCAAAGGAACUAAUAUAUAAAACCAGAUCAUCAUAUGUUCAUGAGUUGUCAGCAUUUGAAUUCAGGAUAAAGAGAUCCGAUCUUUUAGUCUCGAACUACGUUGACUGCGACAAACCGCCAUCUGUGAAAGUUACUCUAUCCCAGUUACCUAUUAGUCGUUCGACGCUCCAAAUGCAUCAAGUGUCCCUUUGAAAGUGAAUUUUAAAUUUCGCUCGAAUUAUCUAUUGGGCUCGUGAUAAGUGCUAGCACUACUUGGGUUUGUUCCCUUUCUACUUUCAGGUUUGAUUUCCGUUCUGACAGGAGCCUAGAAAGCGCAGUGUAAAACAUGCUGUUUGUUUUUUGUGCCAAGACAUAUCGGAGAAAGUCGAAUUUUCUGGCAAAAAGGAUUUGCCAUUCCACGUUACUAGGGCUCAAACUGAUCUUUCGGGAUGGUGCAUAGCAGCAUUCGAGUCCACAUACAGCCACGGAUGCGCUAAUGAUUUAUUUUUUAAAAGUCUGGGGCUCCAAAGUUGCAAGUGGAGUACUGGGGGAUUUUCGCAGCUUGCCCCACCCAUUUGGGCCUGCCCCUUAGUGAAUGAGAAGAACCGUAUGUUAGUCGACUAGGGGAAUGUUUCAUAAACCAUCUGAAAUAAUCACAUCAACAAUCAUCUCUUUACCGGUUCUUGCCUGAUAUGUAUCCUCUGUUGGCGUGUGGGAUCCGAAGUGUGUAUUGCGCAUGCUAGACCUUGCUUUCUAGGGCAAAGGCUAAUUAAAACGGAUGGUAGCACUGCCACGUAGUAACUUAUAUUGGACGCGGAAGUAUUCUACUACGCCGUUUAGCCAUACCGAGCAGAACCGCUGAGGAGACGUGACCACUAUGCAGUUUGGGUCGUAGCACUCUCUCAAUUGCUAUGCCUGUCUUGCAACUCAUCCAUAAUUUGGUUAGUUUCAUUAAUUUCCUUUUAAAUUGACCCCUCCUAGGUAAAGUGAUUAGUAUUUCCAUCUAUGAGUCUUCCACCCAGGGUUCCUCAGUCAAAGAUGCUGAAAGGCGGGAAGUACCGGAACUGUUGGUGUAUUGGUUCUAUGAUAAGUCCUAUUCAAACCAUCAAAGGCAACCGUUAAUCACCGUCUCCUAGUUGAUAGUUUUGUUGCCUUCACUUCGGUGGUACUUUAUAUUCAUUGAUUUUCCUUGAUUAUUCCGUGGAAGUUGACAUUUUAGCUUUACUUUGCCCAUUUGCACUCAGUGAGUGCGAAGAAAAGCAUCACGCUCCUUCGGCUGUUUUCUUUGAGAGAAUAUUCUUAAAAUACCAUUAAAAUUUCCCGUGAGAUCCUCCUGGACAUCUAUUCUUCCUCCUCUUUUGUUUUAGACCUCGAAAUGGCCCUUUACAGGGCUAUCGCUCCCCUGCUGGGACGCGGCAUUUCCAGGCGUCUCCUUCCAUCCUGCAUGGGGACCGGACACUUAAGUAACGGCCAGUCCAGCGUCUCGAAUGAGGCGCCGUCGGAGGCUCAGGAGGCGCAGAUAAUAGCCUGGGUUCGCUCCAUCCGCAAGCACAAAACGCGGUCAUUUUUGGACGUCAACGAUGGCAGUUCCCCGAAAAACCUGCAGGCGAGUUGA